UUUUUCUUUCUCUCUCUCUUAAAGUUGGCGCGCUCUCUUCACAAGUUCCAUCACUACCCAAGAAGUGAGGGGGCGGGGGGGGGGGAACAGGCGGGAAAGCAUUAAUUACACCUAAAUCUGAAGUUUGCGGCCUCAGGUACCACUUUGAUGGGGAGAGCUUCUGAAGCUUCCAUACAACGUGCUGUGCCUUUGCUGCUGCAGCUGUAGAUUUUCAGCUCAUUUCUUUCUGCUGCUGCUUCGCGCUGCUCUGUCAUGCCUAAAUCUAUCUCGUCGCUGCCAAAGGUGCCUGAAUCAGGGUGAAUUCCACGAGAUUCACCUGCGGUUUUGCUCUUGUCCAAGGAGGAGGCGCGCAGCCCAGCUCCCCUAGUCUCUCUUCUUAAAUCCCCCGACCUACGGCUGCUGAGGUUGGCCGCGCGGCGGGAGUCUCCCCGACAGUCCUGGCCCUCCCCCGCCCCCCGGGUUGGUUUUUCCCAGCUGCGGAGGUUGGGAGGUUGGGCCAGGGGCUGGAGUGCGAAGAGAGUCGGCGCCCGCAGCGCGGAGCCGGGAAGUCGUCGCUACUCUGGUGGAACUCAGAGUUGGUUCUGGAGGCGGCGGACGUGGAGGUCCCUCAGAGGAUCCAGCGAGGGGCGCCAACAAGAGGCGAAGAGGUGCCACCGGGGCGGCGGCAGGAAGAGGAGCGGGAGCAGGAGCGCGGAGCCAAGCGUCCCGACCCCCCGUGCGUACUUUCUGGAGGGAGGGGGCGGGGGAAUCGGCCCCGGAGGGAAGCGCCCGGUAGCGAGGGGGUUAGCCAAGUUCCGGCUGCGGCGCCACUCCCUUGCUUCUACGAGAGGAAAGUUUUUUUUUCCAGACGCUUCCGCCGGCUCGCGCCCUCCGGGCCCAGCCUCCCGAGCCUUCGGAGCGGGCGCCGUCCCAGCCCAGCUCCGGGGAAACGCGAGCCGCGAUGCCUGGGGGGUGCUCCCGGGGCCCCGCCGCCGGGGACGGGCGGCUGCGGCUGGCGCGACUGGCGCUGGUCCUCCUGGGCUGGGUCUCCUCGUCUUCUCCCACCUCCUCGGCAUCCUCCUUCUCCUCCUCGGCGCCGUUCCUGGCUUCCGCCGUGUCCGCCCAGCCCCCGCUGCCCGACCAGUGCCCCGCGCUGUGCGAGUGCUCCGAGGCGGCGCGCACAGUCAAGUGCGUUAACCGCAAUCUGACCGAGGUGCCCACGGACCUGCCCCCCUACGUGCGCAACCUCUUCCUUACCGGCAACCAGCUGGCCGUGCUCCCUGCCGGCGCCUUCGCCCGCCGGCCGCCGCUGGCGGAGCUGGCCGCGCUCAACCUCAGCGGCAGCCGCCUGGACGAGGUGCGCGCGGGCGCCUUCGAGCAUCUGCCCAGCCUGCGCCAGCUCGACCUCAGCCACAACCCACUGGCCUGCCUCAGCCCCUUCGCUUUCUCGGGCAGCAAUGCCAGCGUCUCGGCCCCCAGUCCCCUUGUGGAACUGGUCAUGAACCACAUCGUGCCGCCUGAAGAUGAGCGGCAGAACCGGAGCUUCGAGGGCAUGGUGGGGGCGGCCCUGCUGGCGGGCCGUGCACUGCAGGGGCUCCGCCGCUUGGAGCUGGCCAGUAACCACUUCCUUUACCUGCCGCGGGAUGUGCUGGCCCAACUGCCCAGCCUCAGGCACCUGGACUUAAGUAACAAUUCGCUGGUGAGCCUGACCUACGUGUCCUUCCGCAACCUGACACAUCUAGAAAGCCUCCACCUGGAGGACAAUGCCCUCAAGGUCCUUCCCAAUGGCACCCUGGCUGAGUUGCAAGGUCUACCCCACAUUAGGGUCUUCCUGGACAACAAUCCCUGGGUCUGCGACUGCCACAUGGCAGACAUGGUGACCUGGCUCAAGGAAACAGAGGUAGUGCAGGGCAAAGACCGGCUCACCUGUGCAUAUCCGGAAAAAAUGAGGAAUCGGGUCCUCUUGGAACUCAACAGUGCUGACCUGGACUGUGACCCGAUUCUUCCCCCAUCCCUGCAAACCUCUUAUGUCUUCCUGGGUAUUGUUUUAGCCCUGAUAGGCGCUAUUUUCCUCCUGGUUUUGUAUUUGAACCGCAAGGGGAUAAAAAAGUGGAUGCAUAACAUCAGAGAUGCGUGCAGGGAUCACAUGGAGGGGUAUCAUUACAGAUAUGAAAUCAACGCGGACCCCAGAUUGACAAACCUCAGUUCUAACUCGGAUGUCUGAGGAAUAUUAGAGGACAGACCAAGGACAACUCUGCAUGAGGUGUAGACUUAAGCUUUAUCUCUACUAGGCUUGCUCCACUUUUAUCCUCCACUAUAGACACAACGGACUUUGACUAAAAGCAGUGCAGGGGAUUUGCUUCUUUGUUAUGUAAAGUUUCUUGGUGUGUUCUGUUAAUGUAAGACGAUGAACAAUUGUGUAUAAUGUUUUACCCUCUUCUUUUUCUUGGAACUCCUCAACACGUAUGGAGGGAUUUUUCAGGUUUCAGCAUGAACAUGGACUUCUUGCUGUCUGUCUCUCUCUUAGUACAGUUCAAGGUGUAGCAAGUGUACCCACACAGAUAGCAUUCAACAAAAGCUGCCUCAACUUUUUCGAGAAAAAUACUUUAUUCACAAAUAUCAGUUUUAUUCUCAUGUACCUAAGUUGUGGAGAAAAUAAUUGCAUCCUAUACCUGCAGACGUUAUCAGACUCUUCAAAAUAACUCCAUAGUAUACAGGAGCACCUGCAUCCAAGAGCAUGCUUCCAUUUUACUGUUCUGCGUAUUACAAAAAAUAACUUGCAGCUUCAUAACUUCUUUGACAAAGUAAAUUGCUUUUUUGAUUGCAGUUUAUAUGAAAAUGUACUGAUUUUUUUUAAUAAACUGCAUCGAGAUCCAGCCAACUGAAUUGUUAAAAAAAAAAAUAAAGAUUCUUAAAAGA